UACAACAGCAGCCAGCCAGGCAUACAGCUCGCCCAGGGCCAUAGGUGGGCUAACACUGCUUGUGCACAGUUCCGCCUCCUACAGAGGGAAAGGUCCCAGCAGAAGUUGUAGUUGCACUGACUUGUCACUGACUUGCUAUGACUUCACCUCGCAUCUGCACAAGACAAGUGAGCAUCCUGAGGACACGGUGCUGCCAGAGCUCAUCAUCAGAGCAGCCAAUGAGCAGGGCACUCAGUCUCGCUGCUAAUUCGCACUAAGGCUUAUUUACUAUCCCUGCAAAGCAUUGGAUCCCUCAGCGUACUGCGACCCCCCGGUGUACAGCCCGGACCUGUGCCCCAACAUGAUAGCGGCUCAGGCCAAGUUGGUUUACCAGCUGAACAAGUACUACACGGAGCGCUGCCAGGCCAGGAAGGCGGCCAUAGCCAAGACCAUCCGGGAGGUGUGCAAGGUGGUGUCCGAUGUGCUCAAGGAGGUGGAGGUGCAGGAGCCGCGCUUCAUCAGCUCCCUCACCGAGAUAGACGCCAGGUACGAGGGGCUGGAGGUGGUCUCGCCCACAGAGUUCGAGGUGGUGCUUUACCUCAACCAGAUGGGGGUCUUCAACUUUGUGGAUGACGGUUCCCUGCCGGGCUGCGCCGUCCUCAAGCUGAGCGACGGCCGGAAGAGGAGCAUGUCCCUGUGGGUGGAGUUCAUCACGGCCUCCGGGUACCUCUCUGCCCGCAAAAUCCGCUCCCGGUUCCAGACCCUGGUGGCCCAGGCCGUGGACAAGUGCAGCUACCGGGACGUGGUGAAGAUGAUCGCAGACACGAGUGAAGUGAGGCUGCGGAUCCGGGAGCGCUACGUGGUGCAGAUCACUCCGGCAUUCAAGUGCACGGGGAUUUGGCCCCGCAGCGCGGCGCAGUGGCCCCUGCCUCACAUCCCCUGGCCGGGGCCCAACAGGGUAGCAGAGGUCAAGGCUGAAGGCUUCAACCUCCUAUCCAAGGAGUGCUACUCCCUGACCGGCAAGCAGAGCUCCGCGGAGAGCGACGCCUGGGUGCUGCAGUUCGCGGAGGCCGAGAACCGCUUGCUGAUGGGCGGCUGCAGGAACAAGUGCCUGUCCGUGCUCAAGACCCUGCGGGACCGGCACCUGGAGCUGCCCGGGCAGCCGCUCAACAACUACCACAUGAAGACCCUGCUGCUGUACGAGUGCGAGAAGCACCCCCGGGAGACCGACUGGGACGAGGCGUGCCUGGGCGACCGGCUGAACGGCAUCCUGCUCCAGCUCAUCUCCUGCCUGCAGUGCCGCAGGUGCCCGCACUACUUCUUGCCCAACCUCGACCUCUUCCAGGGCAAACCCCACUCCGCGCUGGAGAGUGCGGCCAAGCAGACGUGGAGGCUGGCGAGGGAGAUCCUCACCAACCCCAAGAGCCUGGACAAGCUAUGAGCAGCAGGGCUGGGUGCUGGCCUGAAAAGGGAACACAUUGGGGACAUUUCAUGACAUUGAACUUGCGUGGGAGUGCUUACAGCCUCUAUUGGAUCUGUUGUCACUUUUUGUUACUAGUGGCCCAUUUCUACUUAAAACCCAUUGCUGUCAUGGUAGGCAAAGGGUUAAACAGACUUUCUUACAAUGUAAUGAACUGAAACAAACAGUUUAGGUAGCACUUUCAAAAUGAUCAUUUUUUUAUUAAGCCAAAACGAGUAAUGAAUAAAUGAAAAUGAUUAUGUACAACAUCUUACAUUAAAUUCCCACUUGCCAGGGUCCAGGCAAUAUAUUAGUCCUAAGCUUUUCUCCUUACAACCGUAACAGUAUUAAAGACCCAAUAAAAGGGGCUAAACAACACUAAACCACCCAACAACAAAGUUUUAAACCCAAAUUCAGAGUAUUUAUAUUAAAGAUGCGAAAUUGUAGCUGUAAUGAUCGGCUGCAGCAAACAUCCCCAUAGACUUACAGGAUAAAUGUUACAAGAAAUACUUUCAUUAUGUUUUCAGCUGUAUUUGAAUAGAUUAAUGACCUCCCGACCUUUAUCCGUUGUGAUGUAGCAGGAUGAGGCAGUGAGGGGUUAACUGUUUCAGUACAUUUUGCAAAUAACAAAUGUUCAUAUGCUUUGGUUACAUUUUAAAACUGUUGAAUUGUAACACACACAGUCAGUCAAAACACUGAUAGCUACUUUUUUGGGGUUUUUUAACCAUACAAUAUAAAAUGAAUAAGCCUCCUCCUUCUGCAAAUUUCGACCAAGACCAGCACCCUUCAAAGAGGACUGUUUCUGUGACUUUGGAUAAAAUGGAUACUUUGUUGCACAGGAGGGGAGUUGUGGGGGACUCUCCUUCCAAAAAUGUGAAUCAGUUUAAUAGAGAAGCAAUCGGACUUAUUAUCAAGAAAAGAAAAUUCAAGGUACAUUUUCGUAUAAAAUGUAGUUCUUUUCUUACAUUCUCCUUUUUUUUAUUAUUUUUGCCUGAAUGUUUGUCACCAAGUGAACAAAAAAUUAUUUAACUAUAUGUACAAAUUUCUCUUUUAAAAGUUUACCAAUGUUAAUGUAUUAUAGUGCCAACAAAUAGCCGGACAUACAGCUGGCUCAUUGAAAAUAUCAAAAUCAUUGAUAAUAAAAAGUACUUUAUCUUUAA